AUGUCCUGGGGAAACCGCUCAUUGUGGAUAGAAUUCGUGUUCCUGGCCUAUCCCUCCCAGUCAGAGCCGCGCGUCUUGUCCUUCCUUGGGGUCAGCGUGGUUUAUACAUGGGUCAUCCCCGGGAAUGUCCUCAUCGUGGCGGCCAUGCAGAUCGAAGCCCGCCUCCACACGCCCAUGUGCUAUUUCCUGGGCAGCCUCUCGGGAGUAGAAAUCGGCUACACUGCUGUGGUGGCCCACCUCCUGGCCAACAUCCUACGGUCGGAGAAGACCAUCACCCUGCUGGGCUGUGCCACUCAGAUGGGCCGCUUCAUGGGGCUGGGCAGUGCCGACUGCUUCCUCCUAGCUUCCAUGGCCUACGACCGCCACGCUGCCAUCUGCCACCCGCUGCAGUACCCUAUCAUAAUGCCUCGGACGCUUUGUGCCCACUUGGUGGUGGCCUCCGUGGUCCUCGGCCUCUGCCUGUCCUUCCAGCUGGUGGCCUUUGUCUUCUCUCUGCCCUUCUGCCCAGCUCGGGGCAUUCAGCACUUUUACUGUGAUGUGCCCCCAGUGAUGUGUCUUGUUUGUGCCCAGAGCCACAGGCAUGAACAGUCAGUGCUGGUGGUGGCCACACUGGCCAUCGCGGUGCCUUUCCUCCUGAUCACUGCCUCCUACGCCUCCAUCGUGGCCGCGGUGUUCCAGGCCCACUCAGCCGUGGGCCACUGCCGGGCGUUUUCCACCUGCUCCUCCCACCUCACCGUGGUCCUGCUGCAGUACGGCUGCUGCGCCUUCAUGUACCUGCGGCCCAGCUCCAGCUACCACCCCGAACAGGAUCAGUUUGUCUCCCUGGUGUACACACUGGGGACCCCAUUGCUGAACCCAUUUGUCUACACCCUGAGGAACAGUGAGAUGAAAGGGGCCAUAGCAAGAGUUCUUGCCAGGAAUUGCCUCCCCCAGGAAAGCUAG